AACUGUCCCUGACUGGACCCCCAGUGCGAACUGGGACCAAAACUCGUAUUUUUGUGAUAAGCUAAGAACAUACGUUGUUAGUUAUAUCGUGAUUCAUGAGUUGUCUGUUGAAACUUGAAAAUGUAUUUAUUGUUUGUGGACUGUGGCGAUGAAUUAGUUGAACACUUGAACCAUUAGCCAAUCAUUUAUUAAUGUCUUAAGAUUAAUGUAGCCCUUAAAUAGUUUAUUAACAAUAAAAUUACUAUAUUACUAAUAAUUUUUCUUGUUCUUUUAUUGAGAGUAUUAAUUUUUUUGUUUAAAUAAUGAAUACUGAAGAUAAUAGCGACACAUUAUUAGUGCGGAGAUCGAGACGAAUUGAUGAGUCAAAUGAUGGUUCUAUGUUUGCUGCUCCAACUUAUUUAUCAAUUGAUCAAAAAACUGACUGUGGUUCUACAUCUCUCUUAGAAGACAAACAGUAUUGGUGUAAACAAUGGGUUAUUGCUCAUCGCGAGGGAAAUGUUGCUGAAGAAAAGAAAUAUGUUGCCAAAAAAAAAUGUGUUGUGAUGAACUGUUCAGAUGAAGAUUCUUCAUUUGAAUCUAGUUUGGAUUUAAAUAAUUUGAAAGAAAGCAAGAAGCGUAGACCUAGGAAAAAAAAACUUGAUUUAGAUAGUGUGAAAAUUAAUUUUAUUUGUGGUUGGGAAAUGUGCAAGUAUGAUUCAUUGAGUAUUAAAGACUAUUUUUAUCAUGUAAGUCAACAUGUUGACCACUUAUGGACAGAAGAAUGGCAAAGCAAUAAAGAAAAAUGGUUUACGUGUUUAUGGAACAAUUGUCCCUUUCAAUCAAAUUGUGAAGUCAAGUCAACAACACAUGUUAAUUACCAUGCUUAUCAUACAAGGCUCAAAUGUGUGGGAGCUGCUGUUUUAAAUAUUUUGGAAAUUCCUGAAUGUAAACAAAAUGAUGAUGGUUCAAAUAUCUUACCGGACUUGCCAGAUGAAUUUCAAUGUAAUUGGGAAAAUUGUAAUGAACGAUUUGAAUGUAUGCAACAUUAUGCAUAUCACGUAUCUCGACAUUUGAAUGUAGUAGAAUUUCAUAAACAAGAUGUGACAUGCCCAUGGACAAUCUAUGAUUGUGCCUUACAAUUUACUAAAAGAUCUCGAUUAGUUGACCAUAUAAGAAGUCAUACUUUAGAAAAAAUGUGCGCUUGUCCUAAUUGUGGCGUUAUGUUUUCCACUUACACAAAAUUAAAAGAUCAUUGUUGGCAAUCGAAUAAAGAUAAAAGUAAACAUCAAUGUACAUUAUGUCAAAAAACAUUUUCAUGUGAAAGACUUCUAAAACAACAUGUUCGUUUACAUAUAAAUUAUUUUAAAUGUCCUCAAUGCGAUGCUUCAUUUUCUAGAGCUACACAAUUAGCUACUCAUAUACGCUACCGACAUAUAGACGUCAAACCAUUUAAAUGCCAUUUAUGUACAUCUCAAUUUGUUCGCGAGCAAGAUCUUACAACACAUUUAAGAAAGCACGAGCCUGGGCCAUUAUUUAAAUGUUCCAAGACUGGAUGUGACUUUUCGUGUCGCAGUGAAUAUGCUAUAAGGAAGCAUAUUGGUAUGGAACACUACGAAGGAGGAGCAGAAGGACUUUAUAAAUAUUAUUGUCAUCUUUGUGAUGACUUAUUUAUGAGGGGGUCAUUUCUCACCAAACAUUUGAAAAAUGACCAUAAUUUUCAUAAGCCUGCUGGUUUAAAAAGAUUCAGGUAUAUAGAAGAUGAUGAUGGUUAUUACAAACUACAAAUGUCAAGAUACGAGUGUUUAGACAUUCAAGAACAAAAGAAAAUUAAACUGGUCAACCCAAAAAAAGUAGUGGUAAAGAAAAAACUGCCAGCUACUUCUUCCGAUAAUAAACAACCUCCUCUAGAAUUUGUGGUGGACAUAAUAGAUAAUGGAAGUGAUGAUGAAGAUAAUGAAGACAAUGAGGACGACAUAUGAAUAAUUGUAGUAUGUUUAUCUGUUGACUAGUAUUAUUAGCAUUACAAUUUUGAUUAACUAUUAGUAAUGAUUCUUAAUUUGUUUUUUAUAUAAUUUUAUAAUAUAUAACAAGAUUUUUGGUAAAUGAUAACUCGUUUUAGAAUACAUUUUUAAACUAAGUCUUUAAUUAAUAAUUUGUACAGAUAAUCUUUAUGAUACAUAUUAAUAAUGACUACUUUAAA